UCUGCUAAGCAUAACAACAUUGGCUGCGCUACACGCUUCUUUGUAGGCAACUUAUAUCAAUAAAACAAGUGUCGUUUUCUACCUCAACAGCUACGAAAUGGCGGGAAACUUCUGGCAAAGUUCUCAUUAUCUGCAGUGGGUUCUGGACAAGCAGGACCUGAUGAAGGAGCGCCAGAAGGACCUGAAGUUUCUCUCAGAAGAGGAGUACUGGAAGCUGCAGAUCUUCUUUGCCAAUGUGAUCCAGGCUUUGGGGGAACACCUGAAGCUCCGGCAGCAGGUCAUUGCUACGGCAACUGUUUACUUCAAACGCUUCUACGCCAGGUAUUCCCUGAAAAGUAUAGAUCCAGUGCUCAUGGCUCCUACCUGUGUUUUCUUGGCUUCUAAAGUUGAGGAAUUUGGAGUUGUGUCCAAUACCAGGCUAAUCUCUGCAGCAACAUCUGUGUUGAAAACAAGAUUUUCCUAUGCCUUUCCAAAGGAGUUCCCUUACAGAAUGAAUCAUAUAUUAGAAUGUGAGUUCUACCUUCUGGAGUUGAUGGACUGCUGCCUGAUAGUGUACCACCCCUACAGACCACUCUUGCAGUAUGUGCAGGAUAUGGGACAGGAAGACAUGCUGCUGCCCCUGGCCUGGCGAAUAGUGAAUGACACAUACAGGACGGAUCUGUGUCUGCUCUACCCGCCCUUCAUGAUUGCCUUGGCCUGUCUGCAUGUUGCCUGUGUGGUACAGCAGAAAGAUGCCAGGCAGUGGUUUGCAGAGCUUUCUGUUGACAUGGACAAAAUCCUGGAGAUCAUCCGUGUCAUUCUGAAGCUCUACGACCAGUGGAAGAACUUUGACGACAGAAAGGAGAUCGCUGCCGUGCUAAACAAGAUGCCCAAGCCCAAACCUCCUCCGAACAGUGAGAGUGACCAGAGCUCCAACGGGAACCAAAGCAACUCCUACAGCCAGUCCUAGCGUGGCGUCUAUAUUUCUGUGGGAAUCCAUAAUGCUGAUGUAGAGAAGGGGGAAUCCUUUAAAUGUCACACAGCGCGACCUUUUGUGAUGUAAGCUGCCCCCUCAUCUUUGACCAAACCCCCCCCCAACAAACUCUGAAAGACCACGUCUUUGCUCUUCCCUUCUCUGAUCAUCAUGGGUUAAUGGAUUGAGCGAGUAGCCUCUGAAAUAUCUCCAUGAGGUUCUGUACUCUGCUCCGGACUUGAAAUAAACUUAAAAACUGAGGAACAUUUAAAGGUAAGCGGGAGGGGAGCUGUGAAUGUGGCAGAAAAUGGUAGAGCAGAUGUGAUGGUUCAGAAGAAACCUGCUUUAAUUGUGAUGAUCCUGACAUCCUUGAACAGCCCAGAGGAGCGAGUCCUUUCAUGUGGAGCUCCGUGGGAUCACAAGUACUGUGUGUGUGUGUGUGUGUGCGUGUGUGUGUGCGUGUGUGUGUGUGUGUGUGUGUGUACAAUGUGAACAAUGUGAGUGGCCAGUCUGGGUGGGUUUUCAUUCCUCAGGGACUUUAGUAGUCUUCUCUGUAAAAUGGUUGGAUCCUGUGCAGAUCUGAUUGGAUAUCACCCUGUGCAACUGUGAUGUGAUUGGAUACCCCGGCCCUGUCAGGUCUCUGCUGGUUGAUCAUGAACCAUGGCAGGAAAGAAAUCCCAAGAGAGGGUCCCUGUUAUGGUAGAAAUGAAUUCUUUGAACACAAUGUUUUGCUGUUUUGAAUCAUGACAACUACGACUCUUCCAUCCCCUCCCUCCUCCCUUUUGUAAAUAGCCUUAUAAUUCUGUUCAUUUUAUCUUUCAUGUUUUGGCUUAAUUAAGGAAACUUAAAUGGAAAUCAUGAGCUAGUUUAGCUUUUUUGCUAGAGCAUCAAUUAAAAGGGCGUCUUUUUUGUUUCACCAUCAUGCUUCUGUUUGUCUGCAGGAAAGCUUAUUCUUCAAUUUAUUCCAAGUAUAAUUUAAACUAUUAAGCUUUAGUUGUAGAAUAAGUUGCCUAAAGGUUUUUGUGUAAUUUUUUUUUUUAUUUCUUUAUUUGUCAAGAAAGGUCUUCUUUUUUUUUUUUUUUUUGUGGCCAAAACGCAAAUUACAAUCGUUCUAGAUUUGUUGCAAACUUUUGGUUGUACAUUUUUAUUUUAAAUCUACCGGUUUGCCAUCUAUUCAAUCGCUUUAUUGUGUCAAUAUAUCUGUGCAUAUACCUGUAGAUGUCUCUUUAUUUUUGUGAUGUAAUACAUUGGGAGCUGUGUGUGGCUGUACUCGAAACAAGGUGCUUGAAAGCCUUACAAAAAUGAAAGCUGCUGGUUACAGAGAACACCCUUCGUUAAAGCACACUGUCCCUUUCAGGCAAGCUAGAAAAAGGCAUUUUAGGGUUGAAUGUCGUUGCAUUGCUUGGAUGCAUCUUCACAUUUUUAUUCCUUUUAUGGUUUCCUGAACGUGUCUUAUUGUCGAUAUUGGAAAAACAACAGAAAAGGUACAAAAACAUGGUGUUAAAUGCCACUAUCCCUUCACUUUCACACUCUGAGUUAAAGAGACAAGUGAGUCAGAAGCCACUGAGGCGAGUUGGAUGCAGCCUUGUUCUGCUUUGCCGUCUGACAUUUUUUCUCCCCUUCCAUCUGUUACAUGACUGUGCACAUUAAUGGGCUUGAAAAUUCAAAGGGCUUCACCCCCGUCUAAAUAAUCCUAAAAACACAUUUUCCAAAAUUGUUUUAACUACUUGAACAUUUCUGUUUAUCAUUUUUGAUGAUCAUUUAUGGUAAUAAAUAUGUAUG